UAGAUAAUACAAGUUUAUUACAAAGCAAAGUCAUUUAAAGCAGUACAAUUAUCAGAAUAGAAUAUGCAAGACUCAAAUGACAUAAUGUGUAUGUCUUUCAGCACUGCAGAACGAAAAAGUCUUGUCCCAGACCUUUUUUUUUUAAACUUUUAUACACCGUCUCUCUCUAGCCUUGCGUGGUUUCAUGAGCAGUUUCUCAACACUUUGUAAAUUUUUAUCCAGGCAAAUAGCUAGGUCACAAAGGGAACUGUUAAGACAGAACAAAAACACCCUGGAAUAGAUUAAUUGACCAUCUAAAGUAUAAAGUAACAUAUGAAAAUAAGACAACAACUCCCAGAAACUACUGUUUGCCAAUACAUUGAAGAGUGUUUAUUUUCCACUUGUCACAUUGACAGAGAUUAUUUUAUUUUAUAACUGUGUUUACAGGGUUCUCCUUUGGUGAAGGAUGGCAGUGAUGGCAAUUUGGGCAGUGGUGCUAAUCUCUUAUGGUUUUUCUACAGGAAUUGCAUUGGACUCUGAAACUGGGUCAGAUGAUGUCCUUCCACUGGAUAUGGCUCCAAACUCUGUUGAUGACAUGUACGAUGGCUGCAAAGAAAACAUCAAGGUGCAAACUGAAUACCUGCAGGAUGAGAAAAACAAAGACAUGAUAUUUAAAAAUGCCUGGGACGAGGCAGAGCAACACAACAGAAAACUGUAUGGUAGCAAUGAACUGAAGAAAGAAGAGAUUAUUGCGAUUUAUGUUUAUACCUUAAGUGGGGAUGAAUUAUAUGCUGAUUUCAAUAAUGCAGUUCGUUCACAGAAAUCUGAGUACAAGACCACAUUUGGGUAUCACGCACUUCACUUUUACCUGACCAGUGCCCUUCAAAAACUCGAUGAGGAGCAAAAAGCUAAAGGAAGAGAAUGUCUCACUAGUUACCGUGGAGUUGACAAAAAAUUUAGCCAAGAUGUUUCUGGCAAGGAGUUUCGGUUUGGUUCUUUUACCUCAAGCAGUGCUGGGUAUAAAAUAGCUAUAGCAUUUGGAAGAAAGUCAUGCUUUAAGAUUGAGACAUGCUACGGAGCUGACAUUUCACUGUACUCUAAAUUUCCAGAUGAAAAAGAAGUGCUCAUUCCUCCUUAUGAGGUCUUUAAAGUCAUAAAGAUUGAGAAGAGAUCUGAGGAGAAGAGUCUUCCGUGUGAGGUGGUCUACGAAGUGCAAAGCACAAGAAAAACAUUGUCAAAUAUGAAUUGUGCUCUCUACACACACAUAUAUAUGUAUAUAUAUAUAAGUGUGGGUAUUUGCUUGUUUGUGUGUGUUUGUCUGGCAUGCUAUUGCAUUUUUUUUAACAAAAGCUCAACAUGUCAUUUGAGAAGUAUCAACUUCGAGUUGUUCCAAAUAACACACACAGACUCAGACAUGCUCAUUCAAAAUGAAAUGGUUUGAGUAAAAAUGAGCUGUUAGGGCUGUCUGUUGUCUCUGAGGCUGAAAAAGUUCCCUUACCCACUCUGUAUGUUGUGAAGAAAUGACAUUUCUGUGCUUUGAAUGUUUGAAGAAUACAAGCAAAAUGGCUCGAAUGUGUAGAGCUUGAGAGAUAAGUGUAAAUGACUGUGUAACUGUAAAUGCCUGCAGAAGAUAUUAGUUCAGCUUGUUUUGUGUUUAUUGUGUCAUAGUAAUACCAUAGUAAUAAACAUUUACAUUUUGAUGUAAACUACUUACAGCGUCACCACAGAGUUAGAUUCUUUACCAGAUGCUUUUUCCUGAAGAAAAUACUUUGUGAUUUCAGUCAACCAGUCUGUGAUGUUUGUGUGAUUUACUCUAGUAGAAAUUGUGCUUAUGAGAGGAUUGUUUUUAGCCAUCCUUUGUGGAAUAAGACAUCACUCUGAAUCACCUCUUGUAGUGCUAUUUUCUCCAUGUCUACAUUCAUCUCUACAUAAUUUACCAAACAUGAAAAUAAAUGAAACACUAACCUUUAGUUAGAAAUAUACAGUAUUGUACUCACAAGCAAUGAAAAAUGUGUUGAGAAUCAAAUACAAGGUAGAAUAUAAGCAGUCUUGCGUUUGCAUUAUUGAUCCAACUGUUCCCCCUGUUUGUGUAUUUCUUGAUUAUUGACAUUGUAUACAUUUUAUUUUACUAUUUAUUUAACUACUUAUAACCAAAAGCCCGCAAACAAGAGCAGUGUGGAGAAAAUUCCAGUGGUGGAUGAACAAAUUAAUAAAAUUACUCCAACAUUG